AUGCCAGGGCAGCGGCUCUUGGUUAGCCUUCUGGGGCUGGCUGCAUUUAGCGUUCAUGUCCGCCUGCCAGCCCAGGGCUACACCCCAGCACGAAAACGUGGACCCUGGGGAACAACUCUCGUCGGCUUCCACCCCCCACCAUUUCUCUCUGCAGCCUUGUUAUUUUCGACAUUGCCGGUCUUGUUGCUGGCCAUUGUUGCGCCUGUUACUGGUGCGACGACCGCUUGGCUGCAUCGAGACUUGCAGAGCGUGUACAUUGACUUUUGCGGGCGUCUUGGGGCUUGCUUGCUUGUUACGCAUAAAGUUUGUGUUGGUGUGCUGUGGGCCAGGUCCCGAGUCACGACAACCUCAGCCUCAGCCUGCCCAGGACAUCUGUUUUGCGCCGACAACAACCAGGACCUCGCAACGCACACCACACGAGCCAUGGCUGCAACGACAGUGCUGGCGACGGCGACGGCGUCGUCCGCCACGGUCCCGGACUCGACCAUCUGCGCCUGCCCCAGCUGCGGGCUGGCCCUCGACCUGCCGCCGCUGCCCGAGGCCCAAGCUGCCCUGCUUCAGGCGCAGCGCCAGAUCGCAGAGCUGCAGGCCCAGCUCCGCGUGCUCAACCAGAAGGUCGCUGCCUCCGCCUCAUCGGGCACCACUGCGGCCACCACCAACACCACUGCUGCGGCUGUUAGUGCGCGACCACCAAGCUCAAACUCGAACUCGGCCAGCCCACGCUCGAGCUUCCUCGGCACGGGCCGGAUAUCCCAGCUUCUGGGCGGCGCGAGGUCCAGCAAUUCUUCGCAGUCGGCCGAGUCGGCCUCUUCUGGCGCAACAACAGCAACAGCAACCAGCACUCCGCCUCCGCCACCAGCCAAAGACCGGCCUACCACUCCCGCAACAGGCACGACUACCGCAGCCGCUACCCCGGGAGGUCCCGGCAACCACAACAGCAAUGCCGACGAGCUCCUCAAGGAGCUCCUGCGGGAGAAGAAGCUGCGCGCGGCGGCCGAGGCCCGGGUCGACAACACGAGCAAGGAGGUCGAGGAGCUCAGCGUGACGCUGUUCGAGCAGGCCAACGAGAUGGUGGCCACGGAGCGGCGGGCCCGCGCCAAGCUCGAGGAGCGCGUCAGCGUGCUCGAGCAGCGCGACGUCGAGAAGCGCGUGAGGCUCGACCGGCUCGAGGGCGCGAUGAGCCGCCUCGAUCGGGUCCGGGCGCUGCUUGGGGACAAGGGGGCUGAUGGUAGUGGCGGUGCUGGCGGUGCUGGUGCUGCUGGUGCUGCUGGUGCUGCUGGUACUGCUGGAUAA